GAAAAAGAAACGAGAAGAAAAGGAAAGCCCUAAGGUAAUCCUCAGCAGAAAACUCUCCAUCUCCCGAAGGUAAUCUCAUCGUUGCUUCUAUCUCCCUUCUUCCUACGGAUUCCGAAUCUAUAUAAUAAUCCUCCAUUUGGGUUUCUCAUGAUUCUGCUUUCAUUCUUCCAUUCUUACUCUCUCCCCGUAUCAUCAGCAAUUCAACCACCUAUUAGGUCCGCGCUUCGGCACUGUUCGCAUCUCUGCCUUAGGAUUACCAAUUUCUUUGAAUCAGCUGAAAUUUGAGAGUUUGGUGUUGGAUUAAACUGAUAAAAGACCAAGAAAUUGUGUUGAGCCUCUUAGGUUUUGGAAUAAUGACCGUUCCAGAAAGUGAAGAGGUUGAUUUUAAGCGCAUUGGGUUGUCAGCUAGUGAUUAUGAUGCAAAUAUUCCUAUCAAGAAAAGGAGAUUUCUGGGAGUGCAGUUAACUCCAUCUCCAUCUAAAGAUAUAUCUUCAUUCCAUUCAGAUGGAGAUUUAUUGAAGGUUGAGCAGCCAUCUCCACCUAAAGGUGUAUCUUCUUUUAAUCACAAUGAAAAUUUAAUAAAGAGUGAGGAGCCGAUUUUAUCUGUGAUAAUAGUUUCAAGUUCUAGUGCAGUCACAAGUUGUGCAUUGUCGAACAAUAACCAGGACAGUGUUUCUGAAAAGAAGAAAGGAAAAUCUGAUACUGAUUCAUGCUGUGUGGAUAUAGUCCGAAGCGAUACUGGAACAGCAGGAGUCAAGUUUCAAGAACCCGGUUUCGGAAGACAUGCUUGUACUGAUGGUUUUGUUGAAUGUGAAGGUAAAUCUGUAGAACAUACUGAUCAUGCAUCACCAGUGAUCUGUGGGGGGUUGAAGUUGUCGACUAGCCUUGACUCUGAUCAUUUUGCUGGUAACAAGGAGGAAGAAAUUGAUGUAAAAAUGCCUGAAGAAAAUUGCAGCCCUCCAAUUUGUCAACUUGGAGGAGGAGGUGGAGUAUCAGUAGGUUUGAAGGGACAUAUGGAUCUGAAAUUAGUUCCUGAAAAGAGUGAUUUGAAUUUCCUGAAGCAGAAUUCUAUGGAACCUGUGUUACUAGACUUCGCUUUAAACAAUCAAGGAAGUAGCACCCAAUGUGUCAAAGGUAACGUAGGGUUUGAUUGUGAUGGUUCCUUUUUGCAGUCGAACAGGGAAAAAUGGGAUCUAAAUACUUCAAUGGAAUCAUGGGAGGGUUGUACUAGUGGUGAUGAUCCUGUAGUGCAGAUAUCCACCACUCGGACAAAUACAACUACUGAAACUUAUGCUUGCUCAUCUGAAAUGGUUGAAAGUGACAGUCCAUGCAGAAAACAAACCCUUUUAGAUAGUGAAGAUAAAGUUGACUCUACAAAAGAGCAUCUUCAUUUAAGUCUUGAUUCAUCUUAUCUGAAGUCUGUGCUUGAUGAAGAUCCUUACAUUUCUGAAUAUGAAUCAGAUGGCAACUGGGAUAUAGCUGAGACUGUUGAUGAUAAUGAUAAUAAUGUAGAAGAAGACUAUGAAGAUGGGGAGGUCCGGGAAACAAUGCAGGAAAAUGAAGUAGAAGUCCAUGUACACGAGAAAAGAGAAAUUGAGCCCUUGGAUCAUGCUGGUUGUAAUGAAGAAAAGAUCAAUUCUGUUGGAUUACUGGAUCAUGAAUUUUUUACUUUAGGCCCCCAGGAACAGGAAACUAAAUCAGAAAAUCUGGAUUAUAGAAGUGAAGAUGAAGUUCAGACCACAACUAAAAGUAAAUCUUAUGAGCAAGAAAAUGAAGAUCUUUGUGUGAAAGAAUUGCAUGCUGUAGAGAACGCUAUAAGUGAGGAUGUAAACAUAUCUGCGAAGGCCACAGGAAGAAUCCAAUUAUCCCAAUAUGAUAAAAAGGGCAACUUUGAGGGACAGGGCACUGCUGACAAAAUCAUCAAUGAGGAACCGAUUCCUACAUUUUCUCAGGAUGAGGUGGAGAAUGCUGUAGCAGUAGAUGUAGUGCAGAAUAGGGAUCUAACGUUGCCUACUGUAAAUGAGUCUGUAACCAGAGAUGAUACAAAGGAUAUUAAUGGAGGCACUAGAAAUAGUCGAAUAAUUAAUUUUAAUCGAACAUCUACUGAUUCAACUCCUUGUAAGGCAAAAUCUAGUUUUGUUAGGCCAGUUUUAUCACAUAAGGAUAGAGAGUUUGUACCCAACAUGGGAGUUGAAGAAGCAAAUAUGAAACCUCAAGAAAGAGAUGACGUGUACAGUAAUAUUACCAAGAAAAUUUCUAUAGACAAACGCCAGGGUCCACCUCCGUUGAUGGGUUUUAGUCAUAGAAGAGGGAGAUAUACUAAUAGGCUGGACAACCGAUCUGAGGAAUGGGAUUUUGGUGCCAACUUUUCUCCUGAAAUAUACAGUGAACAACAGAUAGAUUACCAUGUUGCUGGUUUUGAUAAAAACCGAUAUAAGAUUAUACCUGAUGGUCCAUUUGGUGGCGCUAAUCGUCGUGGUAGAGAAUUGGUAGAGGACGAGGAACCUUUUUUUUUCCAUGGGCCCUCAAGGAGGAAGUCACCUGGAAGAAGACAUGGCCACAGUGUACGAGGUGGAAAAAUGGUUAACAGAAUGCCUAGAGAUUUUAGUCCAGGUAGAUGCAUGGAUGAAGGUGGCUCUUUUGAUAGACAACAUGGUGAAAAGUUCACUAGGAGUUUUGCUGAUGAUACAGUGGAUGGGAUGUAUCCACGGCCUCAACCUCCAUAUGAUGUAGACAGACCUUUUUUCCGAGAAAGAAGGAACUUUUCAUUCCAAAGAAAAACUUUUCCCAAAAUUGAUUCUAAAUCUCCGGUAAGAUCCCGAGCUCGUUCUCCCAGCCAAUGGUUCUCUUCAAAAAGAUCUGAUAGAUUUUGUGAACGUCCCAACAUGACACAUCAAAGAUCUCCAAAUUAUAUGACGGAUAGGAUGAGAUCUCCUGAUCAGUGUUCUAUACGUGGAUAUAUGCCAGGCCAAAGACAAGGAUUCCGUUACCUUUCACCACCCGAUGAAUUGAGAGAUGUGGGUUCUGCACCUGACCAUGGCCAUAUGAGGCCUUUUAUCCCUAACAGGAAUCAAACUAAAAGAUUACCACUUAGAAACAGAAGCUAUGAUGCUAUAGAUCCUCGAGGAAGGAUUGAGGACGAUGGACUGUUUUAUGGUCCUGUACGUUUGGGUCAAUUGACUGGGUACAAUGGUGGCAAACCAGAUGACGAUGAAAGAAGAUUUAACGAGAGACAUGAACCUCUUCAUUCUUUUAAGCAUGGAUUUCGUGAUUCUGAUGGUGAUAGAUACCGAAACAAGGGGGAGGAUUGUUCUAGGCCUUUUAGGUUUUGUGCAGAGGAUGACCCAAGAAUUUCAUGGAAGAGAAGGUAGUCAGGGAGAAAGACUGAGUUAAGGAUCUCUACCAAGGGAGUGGAGAAUGCUUUAGACUAGGCCAUUCUGUUAGUUUAAUUUUGAGGUUUUGUAGGUGAUAUUUUAUGGUGCAAAGGGGGCCAUUUUUUGUUCUCCUUUGUUUUAUUUCAUAAUUGCAACUGUAAAAAGUUCCAUUUCUAUGCAGAAAAGUAUACUUCUCAACUUCUAUUGUGACUUCAAACUGAUUAAACUGCUAUGAAAAUUUUGUUCUCUAAAACGUUAGAAUCUUAUUUAUGAUUCUGACAGAGAAAUUCAGUUGAGAUGGGAAGUAGAUCAAGUGGGGUUGUUUCCCUUUCUAAUCUCCACAAAUGGUUUGCGAUUCUUUUAACAAGUGUUAUGAAUUUAUUCUUUUAAUACAAUUCACUGAUUUACUAUUGAAUUUGACAGCCAUAUCUAGAUCAUGGAAGUGCAAGGGGAGGCUGUCUCUAAGGUAUUCUUUUCUUGGACCAAGUUACAUUUCUACUCUUCUAUGCCUUCUGCAUCUCUUCCAUCUUUACUGUUCCACUUCAGUACUGGAGUUGGACCUUGGCCAGUUGGUCCUCGAAAUUGUUGCCCUCCAAACCCAAGUUCUGAAUCGGAAGUAGGAGAUUUCGGAUCUGCUCUUAUCACGAAGGUUAGAGGCUUCGGCUUUGAAUUGGAAGGAAAUGUGAGAGAGUUGGGGAAUUGCAGUGAGGAGAUGGAAUGGCCCCCAUGGGAGGCGACACAUGAGCUUGAGGAUAAACUCACCCCUCUGUGCUUGCUGUAACCGUUUGGACCUUAUAUUGCUGCUUUUCCUUUUUGUAUUUUUGUUGCUUUCUUUAAGUUAAUGGGUUCCUUUCUUUCUUUGUUUCUUUGUUUUUUUAUUCGAAUAAAAUAAAUUAAUGGUUUCUAUU